AACCAACAAGGUCCUCUGGACAUUCCAAGGGCGGUUCCGGCUCCAGCCGCGGGCCAAAGUUGACAUGGCCAUCAAGAGUGCAGGAGCAACCAAUGCUUUCCUCUCUGCCGCCCAGAAGCUAGACGGACCAGAGCUCUGGCCCUACCUCGUGAACCAGGAGGCUCUGGACAUGGUUGGAGCCUGCAAGACUAACAACACUGGCACUCGCAAUCGCCGUAGCAGCGUCGUGGAUCUGCAGCCUGCACAGGUUGUCGAGUGCAUCCUGUACAUCAUGUACAUCAUGGAGCUGCACAGCCACUGGAUUGACUACGAUCUAGCCACCCACAGCGCCAACUAUUGUGUGUGCGACGGCAUCCUACAGCAGCUCCAACAAGAAGAGAGGAGCAACGACGACGGCGCCGAUGAUGGGUUCUGGAGAGCUGUUGAUGCUCUGCAGGGUGAGAUGAGACUGGAUGCGGACUACCAUCAAUUUUCGACCUUGACUCACGUAGCAAGGUUGUUUGUCGAGAGCAGGGCAAGGGCAUAUUGGAGCUCACCAACUCAUGGGUUCACUUGGGUCCCUGCCGGAGUAAUCCCCAAUGGAGACAUGUUCCACAGCACUACUCGGACAACCUUGCUGUUCUCAAGAUCUCACGCUGCACCUUCGCCUUCCAAUCACCUCCAUUCUGCCACUGCCACAGCGUCAGGUUCCUAUGGCUUGACCAUUGCCAAGACACCAGGAUCAGCACAGGCAGGAUAGAGGACAAGGAGGCUGUCCACCGGUUCUUUCAGAGGCUGUGGGUGCUGGACGUGCGCUACGCCGCUACACGCACUGUGAUCAGAUCUUGUCUGCACAGAUGAUGGACCUCAUGGAUGAGCUGAGGAAGCUAAACGUGAUGGGAUGCAAGGCCAAGGAACGGGACAUGGGGCAGCUGCAGGGACGAUUGCCUAACAUCCGAAAGCUCCGGAUAACAAAGUCUGAACUCCAGUGCAGCUGCUCGGAAGAUGACUUGUUGCUCUCACAGAUGAAUAAGAUGGAGCUCCUUGACUUUUCAGGAAACGAUACCAAUCCCUUUUCUCCCGUGAAGAAAAUUUCUGGACUGAUAAGCAGCAGCAGCUGCCUGGAGAGUGUCAUUGUUGAUGGAUGUGAAGCAGACUUGCGACAGAUGUCCUUCAGAGGGUGCACUAAACUGAAGAACCUGUUCUUAGGAGGAAGGAUGUCUGUCGACACCCUGGACGUCUCGGGCACGGCAGUGAAAACACUAAACCUCAGUGCAAUUACAGGCUGGCGCAUUGAUGAGCUUCGUCUGCUUGACUGUGACAAGCUCUGUGCAAUCUUGUGGCCAGGUUUUCUUGGAAUUCCAGAUGACAAGUUUAAGGUGCUCAUCGACACCACGCAGUCAGCGUCAUCAAGUGCCAGUUAUAGGAGGGGAGAACUAGGCCAAAGGGGUAGUACUGUCGCCGCUACACAAACUGCAGCAUCAGCAGCGCCACAUGAGUGUGGCAAUCGACGACCGAUCAGUGACUUGGAUUGGGACAUUUCUGUAAGGGAUUCAAGGCUCCUUUUUUCACUUGAGUCAGUCUAUGACCGUUCUCGUGAGGGAUAUGUGGAGGUUUCCUCCCCAGCUUGUCCUGCUGUUACUGCUGGCUAUAGCAAAGAUGAAGCAAUCAAGAGCGGCGGCAGCACUACCCCUCGAGACCGUCAAGAUCAGAGGCUGCUGGAGCCUCACGCGCCUUCCGGACGUCAGCGGCAGCAGCAAGGCAGGGGAGAGCGACUGCGAGAAGGAGUGGUGGGACAGGCUGGAGUGCGACGGUGACUCACGGCCGAGCCACUACAAGCCGACCCACUCGCGGUACUACAAGAAGACCAUGCUCAGGGGCUCCGUGCUCAGGUAGUCAGGUGGGCGGUAAUCCUGGCUGGGCGGCCCUUCGUCGGAUCUCCUGACAGCGGGUGACCCCUCAUUCCAUCUCCUGCUGCUGAUCGAUUCUGCUUCCAAGUCUGCUUGAUUGUUUUGUUCGUUCUGUGUAAGAGUCUGAGAGAUCGGUGACAUGGAUGCCUGCUUUGCUUGCGCCCGUGUGCAGUGGUCUGCGUCUGCAUCGGUUUGCUUUGGUUCCUAGCUGGAUGGAUCGAACCGUCUGUCCAUCGCCGGACCUCAGAAUGGAAGUGUGUUACCAUGCCAUCUUGCUGGAGAAGAUGGUGUGUGUGAUCCAGACAGACCUGCGCGCUCUGUCUGGAGCUGUGGAGAAAUAAAAGCAAGAGCCAGCCUUCAGUUCUUGCAACAGCAGAGCAUGAGACAUGACCUCAUGCUUGCUGCUGCCAGUUGCUGUGCUCCUGUCUGGUGUGCUUGUGAUGUGUGCUGUACUGCUGUGGCGUGUGAGCUUUCAGCUGUGUCUGUGUGGAGUGGUGUGCUCAACGGUUGUGUUGCUACACUUAUAUUUAUGAUUCUGUGAACAAAUAAAUGAAUGACCAUGGUUGUGCGUGUGGCAACCAGUAA